CGAUGCGCGAAGUUAGGUGGCCUAGAAUACGGCCAGGCCAAUCAACUGACUUUCCCACCUCUCUCCCAAGCCGCAUAUUUGGGCUCAAGUCACAAGGUGCCGCUUCGUCGAUCAUUGUGGCUGCCAGCCAGUCGCACUGGUUGUUUCUGGAGAUGGGGCUCUCUUCGAUCCAACAGGUCGUGGAGGACUACGUCUCAAGCGUCGCGCCCAGUUCGUCGUCCUUUUGUUUUUUGACCCUGGUGCCGUGGAGCUCGCAGGGUCAGCCAGCCAACGUGCUGGCCCCCGAAGCAGGCCAUGGAGAGAUGAGCCAGGGCAGCAUCAACCAGAUCUUCGAGCAGCACGAGGCUGUGGUGAUCCCAUCCGUGUACAAGACAAGGGCGGAGAAGAGGGGCUUGACGCGUCUCUUGGACUAUUUGAGGGCCGCGCACCCUGACGCGUUCGUUUUCUUGGUGCAGCUGCCAGAUCGGUUGGGUGCCGGGCUGACCAAUAGCUACCUCCAGACCUUGAUGGCGAGGCAGGAUGCGCUCUACAGCUUUGGGGCGAGCGGCGUGCUGAUGGAGCUGGAGGGUGACCCAGAGGGCUUGCAGCAGAAGGUACGUUUGGAGCUUGCAGAGAACGCCGCGAUCCAGCUGCGUGUGCAGUGCUACGAGAGCACCGUGACAGCGGGAGUACUUUCCUCCAGCGAGCUCCAGACCAUCGAGGACGAACACGACAGUCUUCUCUGGGAGACCAUCCCGACGUUGCUAAUGCCCGGUUUUCCUGAUCUAGACAAGCGCUUGCUGGAACUUGGGGACAGGGUCGGGGAGUUCUUGUUGGUGCAGCAGUACGCAAAUCAUCAUCACGUCUUGUUGGCGGUUAACGGGCAGCACGAGAAUGUCGUGAUCAAGACUCGCAAUAAGCGGAGCGUCACCGCUGCCGAGGAGGUGGAGAGCGUCUACCAGGAGUUCAACCUCCUGACACACACCCUCGACCACCCACACAUCAUCCGCUGCGUAAGCAUGCUGCACAGCCAGUCCUGUGUGCACCUGGUGCUCCAAUAUGGCGGCGACUUCUGCAUGGAGCAGGUGCUGUCGAUUCAACCAGGCCGCCAUUUGUUCAGGGACGACGCCGUGGACUGCACCAUCCAGAUCGCGAGUGCUCUGUCCCACUGCCACGCCAAUGAUGUUACCCACGGGCAGGUGUCGCUGAGGCAUGUGUCGGUAGAGAUGGGGAGGAAUCGGCUCGUUUGCCGCCUGGUGGACUUCAGCAUGGCAGCCCACGUUCCAGACUUCAGCACGCGGGAGACCAUGUGCGGUUCCCUCCCGUGCGUCGCUCCAGAGACAGCGCUGGGGGAGCCGUACUGGCCCAAGCCGGCAGAUUGUUGGAGCCUAGGGGUGGUGCUCUUGGAGACCGCUUGCGGGCAAGGCUCGCUCGAGCUCUCGGUGCCAUGGCGCGGUGCGCACCUCGUGCAGGCCAUGCGGGAGAUACUCGAGUUCUUCGCCCAAGCCGGCUCCCAUGCCCAGGCGAUGGCGAUAAUGGACGGCGUGCACGACGGAGCGACGUUGGCGUGCCUGGAGGAGCUGCUGAGGCCCGAACCCCUCCGCAGGGCGAGCGCCUCCGACGCGGCAGACGUGCUGUCAGCCAGGCGCGUGAAGGCCGCUCGUUGAUGGGUGGUGCUCGGGGAACACAUGAUGACACAAACUGAUGGGCCUGUCUUCUACCACCACCACCAUAUGUUGGAGGGUGAGGGGGUCCUCCUCCUCCUCCUCCUUCUCCUCCCCCCUUCAACUUAC